CAAUUAGUUCGAUGAUCUUACAAAUAUUUUCAAAUAUUUAUGUUAUAUACAUUCAAAUAAUUAUGUAUGUAAAGUCUUCAUAAAUAUUGUAAUAUAUAUAAUUAUGAUAUAUUAUUUACUCAUGUGUUACAUUCUUUAGAUAAAAUUAUAAGCAAUUUUAAAUUAGAUCUUUCUAUAUUUCGAUUAACCUAUCAAAUACCAGUUUGGUCUUAUCUUUCAAGACAUUUCAGAUCUAAGAGAUUAGAUCAGAUUAGAUAAUCCAAACGCGAUUAUCAGAAAAAAAAGGCGAUCACGAAUGUUAUCCUAUCGUAUACGUCAAUAUUUGUCAUCAGUUUGAAAGAAGUGUCAGAGUAGGUCAUACGAAAUAAUGUCAACGUAUUUACUUCCAUAUUCGUUGCAAUGUUACACCACUGAUAUUUCGUUUAGCUGCUCAAAAUUGUUACAUCAUAAGUAAAAUUUAUCCUGUAGUUAUCGGCGUGGUAGAUAUUGCGGUUGUAGAUAAUGGGAUUAGGAAAUUUUCGAUGGAGGAUACUAUUGAUUAUUGUAUCAGCCUUGCUUCUCUGGCAGUCGUCAAAAGUUUGGCUAAGCUUCGCACAAGAGAAAUCUGUCAUAGAAGCACAGCUUCAGGACAACCAACCAGUAACAUUAAACCAAAAAGAUGAGGGGACGAGUCAAAAAGUUCACGUAGUAGUAUACUACGAAGCGUUAUGUCCAGAUUCACGUAGUUUCUUCGUUAAACAGUUAUUGCCAACAUAUCAAAAGAUUUCACAUAACAUACGAGUGGAAUUAAUACCUUAUGGGAAAGCUACAACAACGGAAACAGAAGAUGGUUACAAAUUCAUGUGUCAACAUGGACCUCCUGAAUGCGAAGCAAACAUUAUUCAUGCAUGUUCUAUAAAUAUUAUAAAAAAUUCAUCUGUGCAAUUAGAAUAUAUAACUUGCAUGAUUAAAAAUAAUAUAAAGCCAGUAAAUAUUAUGAAAACAUGCGCAGAGAAGAUGAAUCUAGAUUAUAAUACCAUUUUAAAGUGUUCCACUGGAGAUAAAGGCAAAGAACUCCUAGCUAAAUACGGAGAGUUAACAAAUUCCUUGUCGCCAAGAGUUUCUUUCAUACCAACUGUGGUACUUGAUGAUAGUUCAGAGAACCAGGCAAGAGUACUAAAAAAUUUACUACAGGAAGUGUGCCUACAUCUUAAAGUCUUGCCGGAAGGUUGUACAUUGUAAAAACAUGUCAAUUAUUUAUAAAACAUAUCUUCCUGAAAGGUGUGCUUAAAAUACAUUAUUUUUUACAUAAAUCUGUGUAUCUGUAAUGGAUAAGGAAAUUUCUCAAAAAAGUACUUCCAAAAUUUUUACUAAAAAUAUUUAAGUUGAAAAUAUAUUUAAUUUUUACUUGUAUUAAAUAUGCAUUAGUUUCCAUGUGUAGAUAAACGAUUUGUACCGAUACGUAUAAGCUCUUUUGUAAACAAAUUAAUAUUCCUUUUAUACAUUUUACACUAUUUUGCAAAUUUAAUUAUAAUAAUGUAAUAUUUAAAUAAUGAACAACAAGAAAGAUUGAUAUCGUUAUUACGUUUUUGAUUAUUUUACUCUAAUGAAAAUAAUAUAACAAUUUAUGUAAAAAUAUUGCUUGUAAAAAUGAAAAUUGCUAUGUUCUCAUUAAUCGAUAUGACCCUCCUACUUCGAUAAUAUUGAUUCGUUAGAAAAUUUUCAAAAAGUAAAAUAAAACAAUACUCAUAACUUUAAAAAAAAAAAAAAAAACGAUAAAUCACUGACUAGUAUUCUAAGAUUUCUGACAUAUAACAAGUUAAAAAUAAUUUGAUUUAAAAGUAUAUUUAUAAGUAAAAUGUAUCAAUGAAUUCAAAACUUACGCCUACAUUGCUAUAAUAUGCAAAUAGUAUAUUUCCUAAUAAAAUAUAUUGUUUAAAUAAUAAAUUAAAACGCGAUCAAUGAUACACGUAGAUAUCUGAAAGAAAUCAAUGCGUGAAAUUCUGAUUCGAAAAAUUUAACGAUUCUAUGUUAGAAGAAUCAAGAACCAAUCGGUCGUUUAAUAUGUGGGAACAAUUUAUUAACUUAAUAUCAACAUUUUAUACAAACUGUGUCGCUUCGUCACGCACGAUAAGUGAAGUAUGCCUUUGAUAUAGUAGAGAAGAAUCUCACAUACAAUAGAAAUAAUGAACGUACAUAUUUCAGAUACAGGAGAAAUAAACGUGUAGCGAGAAUUUCUUUUAGCCGAAUGGAUAGUUACAUUUAUUAGAAUCAAGGGUAGACAUAGAAAAUAAAUAAUUUCUUAUUCGCGUCACGACGGAGCUUCAUAAAUAUCGCACUGAAUAUAUUUCAUAUAUUUUCGAAGGAAGGAUUGAGAACAAGAGUGACUCGAAUAGAAUUUUAACUAUUUAUUUGUGAAGAACGAACGUCUCGAGAAACGAUUUUUGGAAAAGCCAGAACGCGAUUCUUUUUUACCACUGAUCUCCAGCUACGGUUGCUCUCAAGACACAAUGCUGAUCUUUUUUUUUUUAAACUUAGUAUCGGUUCUCGACGCUCGCUGCAGGGAACUCUCGUAAAUCAUUUUUUCUUCUUCUUCUUCUUCUUCUUAAAUACGGAAAAAUUAGUUUAGAGUAUGUAUAAUUGGCGACACGAAUAUAAAAUUAAUAUUAAAUACUGGAAUAUAUUCUUUAUAACUUAGACUUAGACACUAACUGUCAAUGAUCGAUGAAACGAGCAAUAACUGUUAAGCAUUUAAAUAGGGAUGUUUUUCGAAUAAACUCUAUAUCACCAUUUACAAAAGGACUUCGUCGCGAUUCUUCUUUACUUUUUUUACAAAGUGAGAACAUUUUCGCCGCGGAAUCGCUAAUUUUUUAACUUUUUUUGUUCACAAUAACGAUAACAGCUAUCAGAACGAUCGCAAGUGAAGUAAAAUAUUUAAAGAGCUCUUUUUGUGAAUUCGUACACCUCAAUCUUUAUGAAAGGUUUCUGAAUUAGUGAAACUUCGAAGGAUAUGUUAACGCGAAUCUUGUUGACAGUGAAUUAUACAUAUACAUCUGUCGGCAAACUAUUUCUAGAUGCCAUCGAAAAAUGACGAUGAGAUAAAAACGGCUGAAACGAGAGGUCCAUUGGUUAAUGAAGGAAACGAAUUGAGUAGUUGUGACCUACAAAUGAAGAUACAUUUAUUUUGUCUUUUUAUGAUCAAUGCGAUCUAGGUCACCAGAAAUACAAGUACUUCUCAUUUUGUUCACUUCAAUAUUAAAUAAUAAAGGACUGUGGAGGAAUUGUUUCUUUCUUCUUUUCUUCCUUUUUUUUUUCGUAAAUUAGUUUUAUAUAUAUAUAUACAUAUACGCGUAUAUAUAUAUACGUAUAAUAGAUUUUACACAUAUAUAUACAUACACACAUAUAUAUUAUACAUAUGUAUAUAUAAUAUAUAUUACAUAUAUAUUAUGACUGAACCACCGACGGCACACGCAUGUGUUCCCACUGUUCGGUGUCUGUUCUUUACUCUUAGUUCUUAAGUAACAUUAUCGUACGAAUCGCACAAAUCACACCAGUUUCUCCGGUUCUAGUUGCUCCGCUUACGAGACUGGCACGCACCCCUGGGCGAAGGAAAAUAUAAUGCACCGAUCACUGUGACUUGACUCCUUUUAAUCCCUCAUCCCUAAUUCUCCGUUGUUUCUUUUUAUAUUUCAACAAAAGUGGUGUCGACGUUGUGUAACGCGCGCGCGAGUUCUUUUUUUUUCUCUCUUUGUUUUUAAGGCUUUCUCAGUGGAGACAAGAUACAAACGGGAGAUUAGAAUGAAAUUGGAUACAGAACGCACUUGGUGAAAUGUGUUUUAUGUGUUUUUUUUGUGUAUAAUGCGUGUCAUGUAUAUAUAGAUUGAAGGCAUAACGAAGUUUGAAAAAGCAUAGAGAAAGUUCUUCACUAGGAAUGUCGAGACUUCGAUACGACUCGAUUCGUAGAUUCUUCAGGCUCUACGUAAACGUAGGGUCCGAGAUAGCACUACAUGUAUUCCCGAGCAUCUCAAGGUUUCUUCACUUUCUUUUCUUUUUCUCAUCCUCGUACACUUUUUCAUUGAUAAAUUUUUCUUGGUUUAUUAGAGGAAUUAAAGUUAUCCGCUAUGGCGCAACAAGAAAUCCAGUGUAUACGGAAUCAUCGAGAAGCCAAAGGUCGAAGCCGUUGUUUUUUUUCGAACUCUGGAAAACGAUCUCUAAUCCGAAUUUUCUUUAAUGUAAUAAAACAAGUAUACGCUAAAUAUAUAUAUAUAUAUAUAUACGUUACCGAUAAAAUUUUGCUACGACGUAUGCUGUAUCGAUGACAUUCGUCGUAAGUGCGUUUCGUCAAUCGAGAAACAAAUAAAACAAAUCUCAAUCUAUCUCGAUCAAUAAACGAACUUACACGAUACGUUAUAAUAGCUCGUAGAUCUUUCCUUUCUUUUAACGCUUUUCCUCUCUCCCCGCCUAUCGAUCGAGUUUGUCUUAGUACGUUGGAAAGUAGCAGAAUCGAUAAAGCAAACUUGUAGGAAAGAAUUUUCGCUCACGCGUGCAUAGAAGAAACAGGAAAAGGCCAAAAAGAGAUGAAAGUAAGAGAACAUACUAUUUACUUUUUAUCAUCAACAAACAUGCGCGCGUCUGUUUUUUUUUAUACAUAUAUAUAUAUCUCUCUCUAACGAUUUUAAUUAUACUCUUUUAUACGGAAAUAAAUCAUCUUUUGUGUUCGUACGUGUCUGUUUUGUAUGUGUGCUGUAUAUUUGUUGUAUCCGUGUAUGUGCGCGUGUAAUAUGUA